AUGCAGCAUCCCGAACUGAAAAGACCUACACGCAGGUGCUCUUGCCGGAACUCAACACACGCCCCCUCAUACCUCUUGCCUACAACGAAAACCUCUCUUGGCGACCGAGUUACGGCGGUGGCUGCGCUGGAUGAAGAGAGGAAAGAUAUACUAGCCAUGUUGGAAGCCACUCCAUCUGCAGCGACCACAACACCUCGCCAUAAAGGUUCUGCCAGCUCUCUGGCACUGAGGCGAGCUGCUUCCCCUUUCAUAGCGCCACUAUCACCUCAACGCAAUAUGCUGGAUCUCGACGACGAGGAUUGGGCGCCGAGGAAAGACUCGCCGACUGGGACGAUUGGGAGUGGCAAAGCAACGACGCCCCGGCGAAAAUCCUCCAAGAGACAGAUGGUUCGCGUACGCAGCAUGCUCGAUAUCGACGAUGAAGAUUGGGCCCCCAGGAAGGAAUCACCGAACGGAGAGACCAGUGCUUCGGGCGCGCAAAGCUUGCAGACAGAGCUCGCAGAGCUCGCAGAAGAUUCGGACCCAGACGAUUCGCAUUGGGCCCCUAGAAAGGAACCGCUGAAUGGAGAGACCACUGGUUCGCGCCCACCAAGCUCGCAGGCGAUUCGGAGUAUGCUAGAUCUUUCACCUCUCACUGGCGAGCCAAUCCGGAGCACGCUCGGCACGGGAAACGGUUACAGCACGAGCUACAUAGGUCAUGAAGCUGUGAAGAGGCAUUCGUCGUCGACAAGGAGCGCAGCGUCAUCUCCGACAGAGGGUAAUUUCCAUCGGGUGCCGAUGGACAAGCACGGCCGCCAUAAGAGGAGUUUUUCGGACGCAGCCACGAGGCCAGCAUCUUUUAGCCAUCGGGCGUCUUCUAGAGACCGAAAUCUCGAAUCUGCAUACCAAUUCUCAGGAUACCUGCCAAGCAAUCCUGGUGGGCCCGUAGCCCCCAAGCGAAACACCCUGGCAGGGAGGAAAGCUUCUGCCAUGGCAGAGGCGGUCAGAGGGGGAACCAUGAGCUUGUUUGGAGAUCCCACAGACCGAGGUCGGAACAAUUCGAUUUCUUUGGCGGGAUACAGCACCAUCAAGACCAUGAAGUCCAAAUCCCCCGCUGGCCGAUCGAUUCUGCGAAACAGCUCUCCGCACGCGGGUAGUUUCGGCCCGGAGAAUUCCAUGUUCAAGCUGAAGGACGGGAGGGUCUUCGACAUGAAACACGCAUAUCGAAGGCUGUCGGACGCUAGUCUUGCUAUCUCGGGUGGUGGGCUAUCGACUCUGGGGGAGAAGAAGCAGCAGCGUGGACGGGCUAGUAGUGUGGGUGCAGCCUGCGGAAAGAAUCUUAGACUCCAGAAGGACUACAGAACCAUCGAUGGAGAGGAUGUGGUAAUGGAUAGCAGUGAGGAGGAUGGUGGACGCAGUGUGUCCGAUGACGAUCAGCAGAGGGGCAGGAGGCGAAAUGAGAGACGGCAGGAACGGGCAAAUUCAGAAGGGCCAGUUGGUCUGCGCAGAGCGAAGGUUGGGAGACAACCUCAAAGCCAAAUGGCUGCCGCAGAGGAAGAACGAGAGCAAGUUGCUGCCAAUCAUGUCGAGCAGUACAAAGUAGGCUCGCUCCUCGAUCCCGAAAUCACCGUAACGAACCCGGCCGGAGAACGAUCCGUGAGAUCCAACAGACAGAACAGCGUACAUCCUUGGACAAGUUUCGACGAGGGGGCAUCAGGGUUGAACACGCCAGUCGAUUCUGAUAUCGAACAGGACUUCACCGAUAUCAAGCGUGCUCAGAAGCUCUCCGUCAACAUGACGGCCGUCCAGUCGACACCUGCCAGUGGCCGCAGUGUUCGUACGAUAUAUCGGGGAGAUUUCGCAAAGAUGCAGCAGGAAGGCGACGACCACCCACGUCGAGUCCGGAAGUACCUGGUUGCUACAGAUCUCAGCGACGAAGCUGCCCACGCUCUGGAAUGGACAGUCGGGACAGUUCUGCGAGACGGCGAUACACUCCUCGCCAUCUAUUGCGUGGACGAAGAGGUUGGCAUUUCCGCCGUCGACGGCAGUCCAGAAGAAGCGAGGCUCAAGGAGCAGGCUGCCACCGUCGAUGGGCCAACCAAGCUUUCGGUUUCUACUCCAAUACUCACUCCGACUAAAAUUUCCAGUCCACUGGGACCAGGCUCCGCAGCGAAUACCCACGGCGCUGGCGUAUGUCCCCCCGGCCGGGAAAAGUCAAAACCUGAGCUAGAACGGCAAAGAGCUGUAGAUGACAUCACAGAACGAGUCUCCAGGCUGCUCCGGAAGACGAAACUCCAGGUCAAGGUCGUUAUCGAAGUCGUCCACUGCAAGAGCCCGAAGCAUCUCAUCACUGAAGUCAUUGACUACUUACAACCCACCAUGGUGAUCUUGGGAAGUCGGGGACAGAGUCAACUCAAAGGUGUCAUCCUUGGCUCCUUCUCGAACUACCUCGUUACCAAAUCCUCCGUUCCGGUCAUGGUCGCACGGAAACGCCUGAAGAAACACAACAAAUACAAGCGUCCCGCUAUGCGCCUUGCCAACAACCUCGCUAACCCGAACGUCAAUAGCUUGGCUGCCGCAAAGAUUGAUUGA